UUUAUUAAAAAAUAAUUUAUAAAAACAUGCAAAAAUGUUAUCAAGCCAAUUUCGUUUGACGGUUUUUUCUGAUUGCCGGUGUAUUCCAAAAUAUAUUAAUCGAUACAAAAGUGGUGUUUGCGAAAGUGAUCUAAGUAAAUACAAAAAGAGCGAAGAGACACUGUGCGCAGUGUGCCGUGCAAAUCCUUGUGAAUGUAACCCGUCAUCACCCACAAUGUAUGAUAAGAGAAAAUAUGGUCACAAUCUACCCUGUGAUAACACAACACCUCAAUUUGAAACUCUGCCACACUUUCCUAAGGGUAUAUUCCGCUGCACUGAUGGCGAGACUCUCGGUCGCGGAGCAGAUAAAUGUUCUUAUUACCAAAAUCCUGAGUACUUUUCAUAUCAUCACAUGACCUUUUAUGAUAUGCACAUGUUUUUAAGAAGUUAUCGCAAACCGAGUGCUGAAUCUGGAAGAAAACCGUAAAAACAAUAAAACGGGUUGCUUUU